AUGUUCGAAAACUUCAAAGUAAUGAAGAUAACCAAUUUAUUAUCGUGCACAAGUCUACUGGCGGCUAUAUCAUUAUCAGCUCCGGUCGAAUAUAGUAGCAAUGCAACCAUAAGCUCUUAUGUUGAGUAUAAUAGCGAUAUUCCAGGCUGGGCCAGACCGACAUUUCCUGAACUUUAUCAAACAUGCAACAGUACCAAAAGACGUAUUCUUCAAAGCUUCAUAGAAGACUCUUUGGAAGUUUCAGCGUAUGCCAAAGAUAGAUUGCUAAAUUAUGGAGCAGAAGACGUGUUUUUUCAAAGGUGGUUCGGUAAUGGCAGCAUUAUAACUGUUCUCGGGACACUUGAUCAUUUAGUUGAAGCUUCGAAAGCGGGGUUUGUGUUUAGAUGUGAUGAUAUCGACGGCCUGUGCUUAAAGAAUCCAACGACUUACCCAGGCUAUCAUCGCCAGACUGCUGAUAAAGAAACAGUCAUUUGCGACUUGUUUUUCCAGUCCAAAAAACCGUUAGUCAAUAUAUGUUAUGAAGGGGCGAUUAAAGAUGUGGGCCCAAAACAUUAUGCAGGUGUUGAUAUCUUGCACAGGUACCUACACAUUUCUUCUAUGAACAUGAAUGGUUUUAUUGGCGAGUUCGUGGAGGAGUUCGAUGACCUCGCUGAGUUUGCUAGUGGCAACUCAACAUUUGCAGUGAGAAACGUUGAUAGCUAUUUGUAUUACAUGGCCGACGUUUAUAGCUCUUCUGUAGUUCCUGGGGGCUGCUUGUGA